GCAGGGCGGCCGGCAGGCAGCAGGUGGAGGCGCGCGCAGGCCACGGACACGCGGACACAGAGCUCACCUGCAGACAGGUGAGCGGCAGCAGGCAGGCUGGAGCCGCAGUAUGCUGAGGGAGAGCCCUCACCUGGGAAGAUGUACGUCAGUUACCUGCAGCUGGACAAGGAGCCCACCAUGUACCCGCACCAGAACCCGGUGAGCCGCCACCCGGGGCUCAGCCUCAGCCCGCAGAACUUCCCGGUACCAGGCCCGCCGCAGUACCCGGACUUCCCCGGGUACCACCACCACCACCACCACGGCCUGAGCGCCGAGCCGCAGCAGGCCGGCCCGGGCGCCGGCGGAUGGAGCCCGGCUUACCCGCCGCCGCCGGCCCGGGAGGACUGGACCGCGCACCAGUACGCCGCUGCCGUGGGCGCUCCGACCGCGGGCGCCGGGCCCGCGCUGAGCUUCCAGGAGUUCCCCGGUCAGCCGUCCGCGCUGCUGCCCGCCGCCCUUAACCCGUCCGCGGGGCAGCUGUCACCCGGUUCCCCCAGGAGGAGGAACCCGUACGACUGGAUCCGAACCUCCGCGCCGCCCAGCAACCCAAAUGGUAAAACUCGGACCAAGGAUAAAUAUCGGGUGGUGUACACCGACCACCAGCGGCUGGAGCUGGAGAAGGAGUUCCACUACAGCAAGUACAUCACCAUCCGGAGGAAGGCGGAGCUGGCCACGGCGCUCAGCCUAUCAGAGAGACAGGUGAAGAUCUGGUUCCAGAACCGCCGAGCGAAGGAGAGGAAGAUCAACAAGAAGAAGCUGCAGCAGCCGGCCUCCUCCACCACGCCCACCCCCCCCACCUGCAGCACCGGAGGGGGCGCGCUCAGCAGCAGCAGCGUCACCAUGGUUACCAGCAGCAGCGGCAGCAACGGGCUGGUGUCUCCAUCUUCUCUGACUCUGAACAUCAAGGAGGAGUACUGAGGGGUAUAACCGCAGAAUGAGUCGUCCUUCCACCAAACUUUCUCUGGCUGUUUGAUCCGGAAUGGCUGAAAGAACUCUGAUUGGUCCAGAACUCGGCUCCUCUGGUGGUUGGACCAAUCAGCUCCAGACUCGGGGUUCAAAGGUCGCGGAGCUUCAGGAAGAACUGCUCUGGUUUAUGAUUGGCUGACAGGAGGUCAGGUGAACCCUGAGCUCCUCCUGGGUUCUGGUAGAGCUGCUGGACCCGACCCGCUCUUAACAGAACCUGAGACCUUCAACCAACAGCAGAGACUGCUGUCACCUCUGACCUGGAUCUGGACCUCCUGACUCAUCGUUACGUUUUUUUUUUUUUUUUUACCUUCAGACAGUUCAACAGCUGAUGGUAAAACUAAUGGUCAGAACCAGACGGUUCUGAUGGCUCUUGUUGGUUCUGGUGAUUUUGGAAACUUCAAUCAGAACCAUUUUCCAUUUCUUCUGGAUUUAAAACUCUGAAGGUUUUUUUUCCUGCAUUCAACAAGAAAUAAUUUAAAACUGUAUUAAAAUGAAAAACACAACUUUUCCUAAAACUGAACUAAUUGCUUUUAUAGGCUGUUUUAUUUUCUAAUGUUAUUAUAACAGUUAAUCAUUUGGACUCGUGAUCAUCAGAACCAUACAUUUUGAAUUUUAUACAUUUGUAUAAAGAAUUUAUCAGAUUUAUUUAUCAGCAUGUUUACCAGUCAGUCGUCCCAGAAAUGCUAAAUAUCAAUAAUAAUAAUAUCAAUAAUAACUCGAUCAAUUGAGGAAAAUAUUUUUAUUUUAAAGUUUUAAUCCUGAGGAUAAUUUCCUGUCCAGAUUAAUGUGAUCAAUAUGAUCAAAAUAAUUGCCGUUUUGUCUGAAAAACGUCAUAAAAGGUCUAAACUUUUAUUAAACACAUCCAGAUUAAAGUCAAAUGUUUAUUUAUGUAUAUUCUUCUUCAGUGAUUUUAUUUUGGGAAUUUGGAGAGUAAAACACAAACAAAGAACUAGAAACAGGUUUUUAUGUUUAAUUAGAAAAGAAUGAAAACAUAACAAUAACUUGAAUGUUUAUUUAAUCCUUCAUAAAACGUCUGAAGGAAAGUUGAUGCAAUCCGCAUAAAUAUUAUGACAUCAGACGUCCUGAAAACAAUUAAUGAGCUGUUAAAAAAAGAUAAAGCAAAAUAAUCCACAGAUUUAAAAAACAAAAACACACAAACAGUUUAGAUAUUAAAACAUGAUUACAAAAUAAAGAGUCAGGGAACCAGUAACUGGUAACCAGUGGUCCGGUCCAGUCUAUGAAAACAUUAAUCAUUAAUAAUUAAACUUCCCAUUUCUGUCGGACCAAUCAAAGCCUCUCCUCCCGUAGUUUCCAUGGUAGCAGCGUCUUGAGAGAAGUUCUGGAGGGAGAAUCUGGACCAAAACUUUAAUUGGUCUGGUUCCAUCGAUCCAGUAAAACCGGGAGGGAAAAAGUUUCCAACUCAACGUUUCAACAUUCCGAAGCUGAAAUGUUUGGAACCAGAACUCCAGCAGAUCCUGACCCGCCUGGUGGUUCUGAUCAGGUUCAGGUUCUGGUCCAAUUCUGUAGGAACCGGGUUCUCCAGAAGUUCUCUGCUGAUGUUUGUUUUUGCUCUGAUUUCCUGUAAAUGUUGGUGAUUUUAGAAUUCAUCAUUUGUACAUUUCAAAUGUCGUUUUUAUUAAAAACUAAAAGUUUUAUUGUGAAA